AUGCUCUUCACCAAGCUCUCCGCCCUCACAGCCCUCCAGCUCCUCUCCCUCCCCGGUGCCCAAGCCCAAACCAACAACAACGUUUCCGCGCCCACCACCACCGUCCCAUUUCCACCUGCGACCCAGGUUACCCCAUUCUAUCUCGAAAAGGACGUCUACCGCGCCGGGCGCGAACACAUCCUGCCCAACGCAAUCAACCACAACCCCAACGUCAACGGCGACCGCGACGCCAGCCUGGCCUGGGUUGCACCCCUCAUUGCCGAGUGGAAUGUGACUAUUACCAACACCGGGUUCGCGGAUAGCGUCGGGUGGAGCCAUGUUAAGGUUGAGGGCCCCGGGAUGGGGCGGUAUACUGUUGCUGUUGAUAUCUGGCGGUUCGAGGGGGGGUGUGCUGCUGAGCAUUGGGAUGCGUUGCAGUUUGCGCCGCCGGCGAAUAGGACGAACCCGUUGGAGUUGAUUUGA